AUGUCGAAAAAGACAACCUUAAUCCACGAGAACUGGGUCUUCAGGCAGGCAUCCCCCGCACCCUCUGAACUAGCACAAUUUCGCCCAGUCUCUCAAUUCCCAACAAACGUGCACCUAGACCUCCUCCACCACGGGCUCAUCCCGGACCCAUUCUUCGCGAAGCAGGAAGUGAACGUGCAGUGGGUGGGGGAGAAGGGUUGGGUCUACAAGACGAGCUUCGCAACGCCGGGGGCGCACUGGGUGCUGGGGGGGGAGAGGCAUGUGCUCGUGCUCGAGGGGUUGGAUACCUAUGCCAUCGUCAGGGUUAAUGGCAGUGAGGUUUUGAGGAGCGAUAAUAUGUUUGUUACUCAUCGGGUGGAUGAUGGCGGCGGCGAGGAAGGGGAGGGGGAGAAUGAGCUGGAGAUUGAGUUUGAUAGUGCGUUUUUAGUGGGAAAGAAGAUUGUUGAGGAGUGGCCGGGGCAUAAUUGGGGAUGCUGGAACGGGGAUGCUAGCCGGCUUGCGGUGAGGAAGGCGCAGUAUCAUUAUGGAUGGGAUUGGGGCCCGACAUUGCUUACUUGCGGGCCCUGGAGACCAGUCUACCUCGAGUCAUACAACAGUCGCAUUGCCGAGCUCUAUUUCACCAUUCACGUUCCUUCGAGUCUACAUGACGUUAUUAUCACUGCGACAGCCGAGGUUGAGGGUCCCUGCAGUGAGGUUGUCUUCGCAUUGACUUCCGCCUCCGGAGUGAAGAUCUCUCCAUCAACCGCUUCUGUAUCGAGGUUCAAGAGCGGGAACGGAGCAAUUACAGAGGCCAGGUUUGAAAUCACCGACCCAGAGCUAUGGUUCCCGCAUGGGUAUGGCGCACAGCCAUUGUACAGACUCAGCGCCACCCUCGGGGAUCGCAUCGAUAAACUUUCAAAGACUCUCGGUAUCCGGAGAUCGCAAUUGAUCCGAAGGAAGUUUGACGACCCGGAACAGAAGGGGGAGACGUUCCUGUUCGAGAUUAACAAUGUUUCGAUAUUCUGCGGUGGAAGUAAUUGGAUUCCAGCGGAUAACUUUAUCCCCAGGAUUACCGAUGAGAAAUAUCAGGAAUGGUUGGGGCUGCUUGCGGCCGGGAACCAGGUCAUGGUUAGAGUAUGGGCCGGCGGUAUCUACGAAGAACAAAUCUUCUACGAAACAUGCGACAAACUCGGCAUCCUUGUCUGGCAGGACUUUGCUUUCGCCUGCGGUAACUACCCAGCCAUAAUCCCCGAGUUCCGCGAGAACGUCCGGAAAGAAGCUAUCGAUACCGUCAUGAAGCUUAGGCACCAUCCCUCGAUCGUCAUCUGGGCAGGAAAUAACGAAGACUAUGCAUAUAUUGAGGGCCAGCCGAACCAACUUGGAUACAAGCACGAGGACAAGGACCCGGAUAACUGGCUCAAAACUGGAUUCCCCGCGAGGUAUAUUUACGAGAAGAUAUUACCAGAAGUGGUUGUAGGGUACGGAGGUGGUGCACCAUAUCAUCCUGGAAGUCCCUUCACACCCGGAAAGGGUGAUAGCGCAGAUAAAACGGCUGGUGAUAUCCAUCAGUGGAACGGCAGGACUCCCUACUCCCCUGCUUCUCAGUUCGACACCCUCGCCGGGCGCUUCGUUAGUGAAUUCGGGAUGGAGGCUUUCCCCGAUAUCAAGACAAUCGACUCCUACCUUCCCAAAGACUCCAAAGACCGCUAUCCACAGAGUUCGACCAUAGACCACCACAACAAAGCCACCGGGCACGAGCGCCGCAUAGCCCUCUACCUGGUAGAAAAUAUCCGCUAUACAUUCUCCCCAAUAGAGCAAUACAUCUAUGCAACGCAAUUAAUGCAGGCCGAGUGCCUCUCAACCGCAUACCGUCUCUGGCGCCGCCAGUGGCAAGGCCCCGGGAAGGAGUACGUCGCUGGAGCACUGGUUUGGCAAAUCAACGACUGCUGGCCGGUGACUAGCUGGGCGAUUGUAGACUACCAUCUUCGACCCAAACAUGCCUAUUUUGCGGUUAAGCGCGAGCUGGAGAAAUUCACAAUUGGCAUGAAGAGGGUGCAGGUCAAUACCCCCAAAGACAAGUACACGAAUGCGUACACCAACGUGGACGAGAGAGUGCAGGUUUGGAUCGGAAGUUUCGUAACCGAGGAGACUAAGGGUGCCAGCGUGGUUAUUAGGGCUUUUCACCUUUGUGGGGACAAGGUCGCCGAGAAUACGCUGAAAGACGACGUAGCUCUAGAGAGCAACCGGUCUAUGGAGAUCGCAGAUAUACGCAUCCCAGGGUGGGACGGAAAACCCGACUCGCACCGGGACAUCGUCUUGGCAGCGUACCUAAUCGACAAGGACGGAAGCACUCUUGCUCGAAGAAUCGGCUUUUUCGAACCCCUAAAAUACCUAAACCUUCAAAUCCCCAAAUCCCUCAAAGUCAGCGUAGAAGACGGCUGCGUGCGCUUAUCCACAGAUGUUCCCGUUAAGGGCGUUGCGGUGGAGUGCACAAAAAAAGGUAUUGCGUUUGAAGAUAAUUGCGUGGAUUUAGUACCUGAUGAGACGGUCAGGAUUGGGGUCAAGGGGUUGGCAAAGGGUGACGAUGUUACGCUCCGGUACUUAUCGUAGGGUAGAGUUGGAGUGAGGGUGUUCGAAAUUAAGGACAUUUUUCACUACGGUAGUGGUGUUCAAAGUUAAAAGAAUUGGAAAAACAGUUACUGUACUUUCUUCAGUUCAAUUCGCCGUUUCCUAUAAACUUGGCGCAUACAAAAACAGUUAACUUGCUCUACAAUACUAUUUUUUUCGGGUA